UACAGGAAGUGCAUUACAUUUUAAAGAGUCAUUUCAGUGUUAGGUUCCUUGUAUCUUGGGGAAAUCAAGCGAAUGUUUUCAGGGAUCUGGGAAGAUUGAGGGAUUGACACGUUUGCGGGUGAACUGUCCUAGACUGUCCUUAUCGUUCCUAUGUACUGUAAUCAAUGGAGCCUCAAGAUCUAACCAAAGUGGUUCUGCUGGCUUGUGGGUCUUUCAACCCCAUAACCAAUAUGCACCUGCGUAUGUUUGAAUUGGCACGGGAUUACCUGGAAGAUACAGGACAGUACAUAGUUGUGAGGGGCAUCAUCUCUGCAGUGGGUGACGGCUAUAAGAAGAAGGGUCUGAUUGAGGCCUGUCACCGUGUAGAUAUGGCCAGGCUGGCCACAGACACCUCUGACUGGAUCAAGGUAGAUGCAUGGGAGAGCCAGCAGCCUGACUGGGUGGAGACAGCUAAAGUGAUGCGUUCUGGGAUGGUCUGAGUGUCCACUGUGGAUCUGGGGAGGGCUGGACAGCUUCCUCUUCAGGGUCCCUCCAGUCCAUCUUCUGUGGCUCCUUCGGGUUCUGGGUUAACUGCGACAGGUGCAGUCAGGGUGAACACUGUAGCCUCUGGAAAUAUCUUUGCUGACAGUGGAUAUUACUGGGUCCCGGAGCACAUUGCAGAUCCUCGCGCAGGAUAGUCCCAUCUUUAGAGCAGUGAAGUUCACAAAGGCUUCAGCCUCGGGCUGGGCCUUUAUGUUCCAAGAUGCACACUCUGAGAUACUGUCUUAAGAGUUGUUGGCAGUCAUCGCUUGGCAAGUGGCUCUGACUCCUGGUGAGGGGAUUUCAAACCAGUCUCCAGCCUCUUCAGCACUGAUGUGUGGACAUCUUGAUAGGGCAUCAGCAGCAAUGUUCACUCGCUCUGGCUUGUACUACAACUUGAACUCGUAGUUGGCGAGAGCGGCCAUCCCCCUCUGGCCUGUAGCAUCCAGCUUGGCAGUGGCUUGCACAUAGGUGAGGAGGUUAUUGUCCUUGUGCACCAGGAAAUUUGCUCCGUACAGAUAAUCAUGAAACUUGUCCGACACUGCCCCCUUUAUCCCCAGGAACUCAAGCUUGUGAGCUGGAUCUUCUCUGUCCUGGACAAGGUCCAGCUUGCAUAAGCCACUGGUCUCCAUCCCUCAGGGUACUCCUGGUAGAGCACUCCACCCUGCCACUGACUGGCGUCAGUGUGGAGGACGUAGAGCUUCUCAGGGUCAGCGAAGGUGAGCACAGGUGAGCUGGUGAGGCGUUCGAUGAUGUUCUGGAAGGCUCUCUCACACUGCUGUCCAUUGUUUUCCAAACAGCUCCUUCUCCUCCUGGUAGGUGACUCUAGGGGGAGGACUGGUGGGCGUGCCAUUUUCUCUUGGGGGCGUAACCUCGGAAUCUCAUGGAGGGAUCUUACGACAGAAGUGUAUCCUUUUCACUUACCACCGGUAGUAUCCACAGAACCCAAGAAACGACUGGAGGGCCUUGAGGUUUUCUGGUCUGGGCCAUGAGGGGAGGGCAUCGAUACCUUGGUCGGAGACUGUGGCCCAGGUAUUUCACUGAGGUCUGGCAGAACUGGCACUUGUCGAUGGAGGCCUGAGGCUUUCCAGACAGUCCAGGACCUUCAUCAGCCUUUCUUCAUGUCCCUUCAAGGUUUUCCCAAACAGAAUGAGGUCAUCCAGGUAGACCAGCCCUGCAAGGAGGUUCAUGUCGCCGACAUCCUUCUCCAUUAUGCAUUGGAAAGUAGCUGGUCUGGAACGGUUGGACCCAGUGAACAUGGAGGGGUCUCCCUGCAUGGGGGGCUCAGGACACACAAGGGCAAGAGUUUUUCAAUGGGCUGCUGGAUGCCUACAGCGUCACAGGAGAUCUCAAUGGUGAUGCUGAUAUAGCCGUCAUAGGGUAGUUGCUCUCACUUAGGCCCCACAAGGUUAUUCCUUCUAAAGGCCGGAGAAGGAGGUGUUGUCUUUGUAGAACUACCGGUGGAUGCUUGCCACUGUCUACGAUGGCAUGACAGGGUUUUCACUUUUACAGGAGACACUGUAGGCUCCUUUACUGUCCCCCUCUGCUGUUUCCUGAUCUUCCUUGAGCACGGAUGAAGCUUCUGUUGAAUUCCUCUACAUUCUCUCCUUUUCUGACAGUUCCUGGAAGAGUGGCCAUCUUCACCACAGUUAUAGCAGAAUACAUUUUAAUUUCUCUUUGGCCCUGGACAUGUAGCUGGUCUGAGUUAGAUGGAUCACCAUUGCAGGUAUGGUGUUCUUCUACCUGUUGGUGGAGAGCUUUGAUUUUGGCCCUAGCAUCUGAUGAUGGCUUCAAUGAUCUGUUCAGGUCUUGAGGCUAUUGCUUGGGGUGUGGCAAGGUUCUUCAGCUCGCUAUCUGAGAUCUCUCAUCAUCAAGGUCUGUAGUUUGUCUGUUAAAUCACUACGGGGUGCUGACAUAGGAGAGAAAGUGGUGGUGGGUAUUUGCUCAGGAGAGCGAGGAGUUACAUUUCCUAGAUAGAUCAACUGCCACUUGAUGCCUUUUUACUCAUCUUCAACCACACAAUGCAGUGAGAUCCAGAAGAUAAUGGGAGAAUCUCCCCAAAUACAGGUGUGCCAAGCUUGUAGCAUCAUACCCAAGAAGACUCGAUGCUGUAAUCUUUGCCAAAGGUGCUUCAACAAAGUACUGAGUAAAGGGUCUGAAUACUAAUGUAAAUGUUAUAUUUCAGUAUUUUUUUUUUUAAAUAAAUGAGCAAACAUUUCUAAAAACCUGUUUUUGCUUUGUCAUUAUGGGGUAUUGUGUGUAGAUUGAUGAGAACUCUUCAAUCAAUUUGUAACGUGGAAAAAGUCAAGGGGUCUGAAUACUUUCCUACGGCACUCAUGGUAGGGUGGGGUAUGCAAAAUGUCAACUGAGCACCUCUCUCCUUAAUGUUUUAGCCUUCAGGUUUCAUAAAGCUACUUUCUGACUACUUCUGCCAUGGGCAAAUACAGUAUGUAUAGCAAGUUUUGUUCAAAUCAAAGGUCUGCGGUCAAAGUUAUUGAAAACAAAUGGAACGACCCAAAAGUAAUUUAGUUGUGACAUUUUGUAAACAUAAUAACAAGUGAAGCUACUCUGCCAUGAUCCUUGCUUGGUUCCAUUGGGCUUUAUCUCCCUCGUGUCAAUUGAAUUGUUGUCUGCACUUAAGGCAUCAUUAUAAAGAACUGAUGACAGCGGAACAGAACAAUGACUAUGUGGACACUGCAAAGAAGAGGAGGAUUGAGGCGACAAAGCACGCU